AUGCCUGUCUUGGCCUGUAGAACUGGUAGUGCCAGUUAUACAGAAGAGGUAGUACCGUCAGAGGAAGAAAAUUACUACAACAAUCAUGGUAAUGAACAUGAUGAGGAUAAUGGCAAUGAUGAUGAUACUGUUGAUGAUGAAAAUCAUGAAUUUUCUAACGAUAAUCACUUAUUUGAUGAUAUUAAAAAUGCUACUCAUGAAUUAUUUAACAUCAGAGAAAUUUGGGCUUCAUGUUUCCAUCUUGCUAAAAACAUGGUCAAUAAUGAAGAAUCAGAAAUUAUCUCAGAGGACAUGGUACUUCCUUCUAAAAUAGAAUCAGAAAAACACUUAAGUUGGGCACGUGCGAGGCUCCGGGACAGGAAUUCCAGUGCUGACCAUCGAGUCCGAGUGGACCUGGUCCUCUGGGACAAAUUCAGUGAACUGGCCACCAAGUGCAUUAUUAAGAUCGUGGAGUUUGCUAAACGUCUACCAGGCUUCACCGGCUUGACCAUCGCAGACCAAAUCACCCUGCUGAAGGCAACCUCUUUGGACAUCAAUAUUCUGAGAAUCUGCACCAGGUAUACCCCAGAGCAAGACACCAUGCCAUUUUCGGACGUCCUGACCCUGAAUCGAACCCAGAUGCACAACGCCCGGCUCAGACCCCUGACCGACCUCGUAUUCACCUUCGCCAGCCAGCUCCUAUAUCUGGAGAUGGAGGAAAUGGAGACAGGCAUUCUCAGCGCCAUCUGCUUGAUCUGUGGAGACCGCCAGGACCUUGAGGAACCAACAAAAGUAGAUAAGCUACAAGAACCAUUGCUGGAAGCACUAAAAAUUUAUAUCAGAAAGAGACCACCCAGCAAGCCUCACAUGCUUCCAAAGAUCCUCAUGAAAAUCACAGAUCUCCGCAACAUCAGUGCUAAAGGUGCAGAAAGUGUAAUUACCUUGAAAAUGGAAAUUCCUGGCUCGAUGCCCCCUCUCAUUCAAGAAAUGCUAGAGAAUUCUGAAGGACAUGAACCCUUGACCCCAAGCUCAAGUGGGAACACAGCAGAGCACAGUCCCAGCACCUCGCCCAGCUCCGUGGAGAACAGCGGUGUUGGUCAGUCACCACUGCUGCAAUAA